AUGAAGAACAAGUCGUCAGCAUCGGCUGGGACACGAAAGAAGAAUGCGAGGAAAGCAGCCAAAGGUGAAGUCGAUUUAGACGAGAUACAACCUAAAUCAGGCGAUCGACCGCAAAGGGGACAGAAGAAACUGUCAAAGGCUCAAAAGAAAGCAUUACCAAAAUUAAAGCAAUAUAUCCCACCUCCCAAACCACCUGCACCGCCCAUACCUGAUCCAUUAGAUGGGCUGGGUCUAGCGAGGACCUUGCCAGCGGAGCUGGUCGUGGUUCUAAGAAGGUUAGGGAAGAAGGACGAUGUUACUAGGAGAAAAGGUUUAGAGGAAUUGAGGGAGAACUGGGUGUCUUUGAUGAAGAGCGAGGAUGAUGAUUUGGAAAGGGAGCUGAAAGAGACUGCAUUGUUAUCUUCGGUACCUGUUUGGUUGCAUUUCGACAUACUGUCGGUUCCUUCGUUGCGUCACGCAGUGAUAGAAAGUUUAUCGUUGUCACUUUUACCCCAAACGCAAAACAGGGAUGUGAUAGGAUCAUGGAUGGUGGCUGCGUUGGAGGAAGGAAAGAGGGCAGGAGGAGCGGGGUUAAAAUCAUGGGAUAGUUCGACUACUUGGACUGAAGAAGGAGGCAUUGUGUUGUCACAGCAUCUGGGCGAUCUGGUGGAAUAUCUGACUUUGUCCAUACUCGAUCCAGCUACUUUACAUGAUAAUAUACAUCCUGCACCUGUAUCUUCGAAUCCACCAGUACCAAACAAAGGUAAACCUUUAGUCAAAGAACCCGCUGUUGAAGACAAAGAGGUGGUCGAAGAGAGAUUAGCAAGGUAUAAAGUGGGCGGACUAACAGGUCUUAAUUGGUUGAUACAGCAAUUGCCUGGUGUAGCACCUGAAGAUUUAGUUGAUCUCAUUAGAAAUCCGGAAUUGUGGUCGGCGUUAUCACCCGACGAUGCGCCGCCAAUCAGGAGAGCUGCUUACUCGUUACUCGCUACCUUGGUGGAGACUUGUCCCGAACUUUUGGAGGGAACGUUAAAGAUGUUAUCACACGCGGUGUUGGGCAAUUGUUGGUUGGAGAAGGAAGGGGUGGUAUGGGAAACCGCUGGAAUGGCUGUAGCAAAGUUUAUCAGGAAAUGCUGGGCGAUCGGGCAAGAUGCAGAAGACGACGAGUCGGACUCAGGUGAACCUGAGGUUUAUGGAAAUUUCCUCGAAUUCGUAUCGACGAUAUGCCCCUCUAUCCCUCAUCUCACAUAUCCUAUUCUUCUCGUGAUCAUCUCCACCCUCCCCACUGAUCUCUUACCCCUGUCUUCAACGGCACAGGUCGAAAACCUGUUCUCACACCUAUGGGCACCGGUCGAUUCUCGAUUACUCUCUACACAUUCAUUACCUGGUCAACAAUCCGCCUUCCAAGUUUUCAUCAGCUCGAUUUUGGAUUGUACAGUUUUCCUGAUCAGUAAAUCUUGGUCAAGCGAGGAGAGUAAAGAUACCGCCGUUUGGCUGGUUAGAGAGCAACUUGGAGGAAAGGUGUGGAAGGAAGGAGUACUUGAAUUUGGUGGGAAAGGAGGCGGUAGACGUGCUCAGAGGAGUCAGGAGUUGGAAGCGACCGCUUUUGGAAAGGCCAUAGGGCGGCUACCAGGAGUCUUACUGGAUGAACUGAGCGAGAUCAUGACGUUGUUGGAAGUUAGCGCGAGGAGUAUACCGAUAGCAUCUGCUAUUAGAGCUUCCACGGAUGUCCAAGGUGUUGUCGAAAUCGCUGACGAGUGUAUCGAAGAGGUGGCACAGAGCGCUACUUUGGCGUCUUCUCUACCACCCGACCUAUUCGUGUCCCUGCUCGCGUCUGCACAAGAUACUGAAACGUUGAGGGCAGUACUCCAAUCAGACCAACGUUUUGCUUUGGUGCCGGAAUUACUCAAUACCAAUCUCCUGCAACCAGGCUCACUCGACAGUGUAGCGACAGACUCUACUCAGCUUGCCCUUUCCGGAUCAUCUGAAGCGCUCGCUAUCGCCACGUCAUGCUUGAAAUCACCCUAUCUCUCUUCAGAAGCGUUGGACGAGGUCCUUGCCUUGGUCUGCACGGCCAUUCACGAUUCGACAGAGAAGCUUCUGACAGGUCACGCCGAGGAUACCCACGCGGCGUUUACACUCUUUGCGGCUUAUGCGAUUGAUCAUCUCGACAAGGUGAUAUCAUCGGAUAUUUGGAUCCAGAGUUUGGUAUCGGUACAUCAUGUUGUUCAUCUGCUACCGAAGGAUGAAACACUGGUGCAGCUUUGGAAGAAGACGGGGGAGCUUGAGGAUGGUGAUAAAAAGCGGGUGUUGGAUAGAGUAUAUGAAGCUCUGAGAGAGGAUAUACAACGUGUGGAGGUGGAAGUGGAUCCAGCGGUUCUCAUCGAUGUCGCUUUGGCAACGGCCAUGGGGGAUUUAAAGGCUCCUUCGGUGUUGGAAUUAUCAGAGGUUCUUCUUCCGCCGAUUGAAACGUUAAUCGACGAGAUGUCCUUGCAUACUUGUCAACCGUCACAUCCUUCAUUACCCAUUGUCGAUCCAAUGAUCGAUUAUAGCAAAGUCACACCCGACAUCACUGCCGACUUUGACUUGCUUGGACGAUCAAAGGCGGCCAGGUGGGCGGAGGCGACAGUGGCGUUGCUCCGGGCGGAUCGUCAAUUGGUAGCGUCUCAGCCGAUUCUGCUUCAAGUCGCUUUGGCAGCGUAUCAGUUGACUAAAGAUACAUUGGCUGUACCAGGGUCAUCUCGAGGUCUAUACUCGACAUCAGCGUCCAUCGUCCACCUGACCGAUUUGGUUAGAGAAGUGGAAGGCGCUUUGUCAUACGCUUUGUCAUUUGUCGAUGAAACUCCUGCAUCCUGGCACAACGAUAUCAUACAGAUGCUCAAGUCUGGAGAGGUAUCGCAUGACGCAGAUUUAUUGCAAAAACUGCUGUUUGCGAUGAAAGAUGGAGAUGUCAGAAGUUUCAGGGAUGUUUUGAUUAGACAUUUGAGGCAGUGCGCCCCUCAACUUGCCCUCGCGAUCAUAUACGCGGUUAAACCACUUUUGCUCGAUCACAAAUCAUUCUCCGUCGCUCAGAACCGUCUUGCCAAUGCUCUCACGUCUGUCAAAGCUGAUUCAACCGCUGUGACGAAACAAGGUAUCCCUUAUAUCCGACUGCUGAUCGCUUCCGCUCCUCCAGCGGACGCUGCUUCGGUAUUUUUACCUCAACAACGGGCUAUUUUCGUUUUGAGGCAUGUCAACUCGUGGUUGAUUGCGGAUGAUGAUAUGCCUGAGGAGAUUGAAUAUAGGAUUGCAGAAUUGGAGACGGCGUUAGCUCCAAUCGUCCAGGAUUUACCAGGAGGUCAUUGGGAUGCAAUCUUCGAUCUGAUCGAGAGUGGUCUUGAUUUGUCUGAUCUGAUCCGUUUAUCCACCUCAUCUGCUGUCCAAUGCGCAGCGUAUAGGAUACUGAGCAGGGUAGUGAAACACAAUACGCUAGCUUUGGUGUUGGAGGUGGAAGCGGCCGAAGCGGAAGAGGGUCAUCCACAGAUCGAGUUGCCACAAGAGCUGAUCAAGAUUGCCGGAGUUUUGAGCCAAUUGUUAGCUUGGAUGGGUAUUCUCGACCACUUUGACGAUGCUGUAAGUGUUCGUGCUUUGAGACAAGCUGACAGAAAGUCUCGAACACUCCGAUGGGCGUAUUUGGACCAGCUCAACUCGUCAAAGUUGAUUACCGAUGGACUUUUACCGAUGCUAUUUACCAUGCUGGGUGUUUCGGAAGUAGGAGCUUGGAAUUUCCCUGCAAUGCUUGACCCUGAGGAUAUGGCCGAUCUUACACCACUUGCAUCCCACUUGUUCUAUCGAUCGUUGGUUACCAUUCCAUCUGCGUUGAGGGGAUACUACGAAUCGUUGAAAUCACGUCAAUUGUCAAUGUCAAUGUUGACGUUUGUCGCGAGACAUUAUUCGCCUGUUAUCAUAUCGCAUGAAUUCGCUGCAUUGCGUCAGCCUUCAGCCAUGGCUCAAUUAACGGAAGAAGGGUUGAAUAUCAGAAUAGCUCAGGGUGGAGGUGCGACUGUGGCUGUCGCAGGAGGUGGAUCAUCCGAAGCUAUAGCGAGUUAUGUGGUGGAUGAACAGCCUAUGGAGAUUGGAAUUAGGUUACCCGCUGAAUUCCCAUUGAAAGCGGUUGACAACGGAUUGAUUCUCGAAGCUUUGACAGUUUUCAAAAGGAAUGUGUCUCUGCAUUUCGAAGGUGUGGUAGAAUGUGCUAUCUGUUAUUCGAUUAUCUCGUUAACGGAUCGUACGUUACCUACUAAACCUUGUAGAACUUGUAAAAACCGCUUCCACGCUUCGUGUUUGUUCAAAUGGUUUAACAGUUCGCAUUCGAGUAGUUGUCCGUUGUGUCGUGCGCUGUUUUAA